GAAUGCCCGUAAACACUAGUAAACACCGGGACUACUGUCAGUACUGACAAUUGGCAAGGUUUGCAACGAACUCUCAGUCACCAGUGUCUCAUUAAAAUCCAUGUUCUAGCCCGAUGUUCAAGAAUAUCCACUGCCGGUGCUCCAGUUCUGCUGCUCCCGUGAGGAUUGUCCAUUUGCAUGCAUACACCUGUUACGGUCAGCGCUCAAAUGACUACCUACGAAAGAACCCUUAACAGAGAUAACCCAUUUCAAGACUACGGCAGACCCCGCUCUUUUCUUCCUGCACACUUACCUAUUCUCAUUGCGGAGCAUAGUCUGCCUAGCUUAAAGUUAAGCGCACGGAGCGAGAUGAGAGGGACAGUGCAAUAAGUGCAUGACCUAUCCCGGAAUGUCCACUCCAUUAGGCCUUAAUCGUGCACGUGUAGACGGUUGGUAGUACGUAAUAUCUGCAACAAGUUCAAG